AACAAAGAGUCAUGAUAGAACAAGGUCUUUUUAUCCCUUGCUUCGUCGAAAGUAAAACGUUAUAUAUUGUAUUAUUUAGUGCUUUAAUUUGUGGUGUUAUACUUAAACGAUGCUAAGCUAUUCAUAACCUCUUCAGACAUGUAUGUGAUUAGAAGUCGGGCUUGCUUUAAAGCUCGCUUUGUCUUCAAAAGUCCGUAUGUCUUCCAAUGCUCACGAUUUGUAAACUCAAAUGGUAACGGCCUGACGAGUUUUGAUGAUUUUCACACUGGAAGAAAGGCGGCCCUGCAUCGUGCCGAGUUGAAAAAUAUGAAAAGAGUUAUGGUUAAGCUUGGCUCAGCCGUGAUUACACGCGAAGACGAGUGUGGUGUUGCCCUCGGUAGAUUAGCCUCCAUUGUGGAGCAGAUAUCAGAAUUACAGCAAUUGGGCCACGAAAUGAUGUUGGUAACAAGUGGUGCUGUUGCCUUUGGGAAACAGCGAUUACGACAUGAAUUAUUGUUAUCACGUAGCAUGAGGCAGUCAUUACGACCAAAUGACCGUUUAAAGGGAAACCUAAUGCCUCAACUUGAACCAAGGGCCUGUGCUGCUGUUGGUCAAGGUGGACUUCUUUCCUUAUAUGAAGCAAUGUUCAGUCAGUAUGGUCUAACUUGUGCUCAGGUCCUUGUCACCACUCCGGAUUUCAAAAAUGCGGAGCUACGAGCAAAUUUAAGGUCCACGAUGGAUGCACUAAUCAAGAUGAACUGUAUUCCCAUCAUCAAUACAAACGAUGCUGUUGCACCACCUCCUGGGGAUGACUAUGAUUUAAAGGGGUGGAGAAGAAAGUCGAAUUCGGUUAUCAGUUUGAAGGACAACGACAGUCUUGCUGCUUUACUCGCUGUAGAAAUGCGGACUGACGUGUUGGUUCUAUUAUCUGAUGUUGAUGGCAUUUACUCCUCACCCCCCGGACUCAAAGAUUCGCAGAUCAUAUCUACAUUUCAUCCAUCGGAAAUCAAUAACAUAACGUUUGGCGGGAAGUCCAGAGUAGGAAUGGGAGGAAUGGAAUCUAAGGUUAAAUCCUCGAUUUGGGCGUUAGAGCGUGGUACUUCCGUGGUAAUUGCAAAUGGAGUAGGAUCUGAGUAUCACGCCCUUUCCAAAAUUAUGACUGGUAAAAAGAUUGGAACUUUUUUCUCUUUGGCUGAAAAGACUGGACCUUCGGUGGAGGAACAGGCUGAAGAUGCGAGAAAAGCAGGACGAAUAUUGCAAUCGUUGGAGCCAGAAAAGCGUGCAGACAUACUGUAUCGUCUUGCUGAUCUACUGGAGGAAAGAACGACAGAUAUUCUCGAUGCUAACGCUCGUGACCUCGAAGAAGCAUCUUUGUUGAAUGUUGCUGCCCCUUUGCUUUCGCGACUUUCCCUCACACCGAGUAAGAUCAAUAAUUUGGCCGCAGGGAUCAGGCAGAUAGCGGAUUCCUCGCACGAGAAUAUAGGACGUGUUCUACGCCGAACGAAAGUCGCUGAAAAUUUACAUCUUGUUCAAGAGACCGUACCAAUUGGCGUACUGAUGGUUAUAUUUGAAUCUCGACCGGAUGCAUUGCCUCAGGUAGCCGCGCUAGGUAUAAGUACAGGUAACGGUUUGCUGCUAAAAGGUGGGAAAGAGGCGUAUCAUAGCAACCGUUGUCUGCUGAAGAUUGUCCAAGAAGCCAUUGCAAGACAUGCUCCGCGCACCGCAGUUCAACUGGUGAGCACUCGAGAAGCUGUUAGUGAUCUGUUGAAAUUGGAAGGUAUUAUUGAUUUGGUGAUUCCAAGAGGUUCAAACGAGCUAGUGAAACAAAUCCAAGAGAAAAGUAAGGGAAUCCCCGUGCUGGGUCAUGCAGAAGGAAUUUGUCAUGUUUUUGUUGAUAAAGAUGCAGACCCAUCGAUGGCGAUCCGUGUUGUAAUCGACUCAAAAUGCGAUUAUCCCGCUGCUUGUAAUGCCAUGGAGACUUUACUUAUACAUCAGGAUUUAGUUGGAACGCAACCUUUCCAAGAUAUGCUCAAUCAAUUAAGAGAUAACCAGGUGAUUGUACAUCCUGGACCACGCUUGGCGAAAGCACUACCAUUUGGUCCAAUGCCAGCAACUUCUCUGCAAAAGGAAUACAGCGCUCUUGAGUGCACAAUGGAGGUCGUUGAUAACGUAAAUGAUGCCAUCGAUCAUAUUCAUAAACAUGGCAGCUCACAUACUGAUGCAAUUGUCACCGAAAAUGACGAAGCAGCGCAAUUUUUCCUCCAGUCAGUGGACAGUGCAUGCGCUUUCCAUAACUGCAGCACUAGGUUUGCUGAUGGCUACAGGUUUGGAUUGGGCGCCGAGGUUGGAAUCAGCACGGGUCGUAUCCACGCUCGUGGUCCAGUCGGCGUUGAGGGACUCUUGACAACGAAAUGGGUCCUUAAGGGACACGGACACACUGUAGCUGACUUUGCCGAAGGGGGUGAUUUGGAAUACUUGCACGAAUCAUUGCCCUUGAGCUUGGAAGAGAUGGAGGCAAAGAAUGAAGGCAUUGAGAACGAAAUAAGGAAAAAUGAAGAAAGCGAGGAGACCUUUUUUGACGAGAGUGAAAUUGGCAAAGAGGGCUAAUAACAUGUGGCUAACGGCCACCACAGAAUAUAAUUUAUUGGUUGUAGUCUUGAAGUCUUUCACGUUGUAAAUUGUAAUUACUGGUAUAAAGAUUAUCUAGUUGUAUGGCUCCAACUAUUUGGAAAAUUUUUACCACUGACUAAGAAUUGUUUGAAGUUUA